AUGUCAAACAUUAAAAAUGAAAAUUCAUUGCCUUGCAUUCCGAUGUACCUUCGUAAUAGUCCAUUAGAUAUUUAUAACAGGACCGCAGACACACCAAUAUUAUUACCAACUAAAUUUAAUAAAAAUGACCGUGCAAAAUGUGUACAAGUAAUGGACAACGAAUUGAUCAUUCAACACGGCGGAGGUGGGACAUCUUCAUCGAUUCGAGCGGAUCAUCCUAUUCCUCGCAAUGCCGGUGUCUUCUAUUUUGAAAUUAACCUUUUAAAUGAUCCGGCCAGUGUUGGGCUCGUUAGAAAAGGAUUUUUUCUUGAAAGACAUGCAGGAUGGGAAAUUAAAUCCUUAGGGUAUCACGGUGAUGAUGGCAUGAUAUAUUGUGAAAGAGGGUAUGGAAAUCCAUAUGGAGCACCAUUCACGACAGGAGACACUGUUGGAUGUUGUGUAAACUAUUCAUGCUUUUUAAAAGGAAUCGCUAGUACAAGAAUUUUUCCAGGAAAAUUAUACCCAGUAGUUGGCAUGCAGACUUAUCUUACUCAAAUUGAAAUUAAUUUUGGCUCUAGACCUUUUAAAUUUGAUAUAGAACGUUAUGCAAAGUCUGUUUUUACAAGGGUUAUGUUGCAACAAAAUAAGUUCUUUAUAAUUCGUGAAUCUGAAAAAUAUUUAAAAGAUUAUGAUGAGUUUCUAGAAAGUGUUUAUGAAUCUGAUGAAUACUCAGAAGAUGAGGUUGAGUUUUUAGAAAGUGACUGA